AAAGAAAACCAAACAGAUGCAAAGUGUUUAAAAGUACAUCCUGAAUCAUGUGCUCAGUUGGAGUCUCCUUCACACGGAGAGGCGGGUCCUUCCUUGGCAAUGCAGAUCUGGGAUCUGGGACUCGAUUACAGGUCUCGAGGCAGGAGUUUCGCUUCGUCACGACCUUUUCGAUGCACUUCCGUGUUUGGCGAACAUUCCAUACCUGGCACAGGUGCACAGAGCUCUCGAGACCGGCCGGGUACAAAAACAAAACCAAGUUACAUUGAAAUAUAAAGUUGCCGCUCGGGUACUCGGCUGCCGUCGCCUACCGCGAUGACGUCUGAUUUGAACGAUUCAGAUUUGAUACCCGUGUCCUUGCACGGGAAUGACGUUGAGCCGCUGCCUGCUGCGGCGGUAAGCGACGGAGGAAAGUCCACUUGUCAUCCGGGAGAGGGCGAGUCUCAGGCGGGGGAGAAAGCGCCAGCUGCUGCUGCUGGUACUCUACACGCACCGGGAGAUGAAGAGACUCGGGGGGAACCGGACAGGAACCAGCCCCCAGAUCACAGCGCGAAUUGCAGCUCGGAUAUGAAAGGCGACCGCAGCAUCGCACUGCAGCAGAAGGAUGGUGCGCAGAAUUCGGAUAAGGAGGACACGGGUUCGGGUUCGGGGGAUCGGUGCGCGGAUCACGAAUCCCAGUUAGACUGGUACUGCAGCACCGAAGACAGGCUCAUCUGCUCCCACUGCGCGGCCACGGGCACCUGCAAAAGCCACACAGUCACACCUGUUUUCAAGAAAGCCGCUGACAUGAGGAAUAAACUAGUGGACGCGUGUGAGAAGCUGCAGUUGAGAGCGGUCGGGGUUGAGAGGUUCAUGGCGGAGACGCUGCUGGUGAAGAAGCAAGCGGCUCUGGGCAGCGCGGCGGCAGCGCGGGAGACGCUGGUCCAGCGCUUCAAUCUGAUCCGAGAGGCCUGCGAGAGCGAGGAGCAGCGCCUCCUAGAGGUGGUGCACGGGGAGGAGGAGCGCACGCAGCAGGCUAUCCUGACCCAGAGGGUACACUGGGCCGAGUCUCUGAAGCACAUCUCCGCAGCUCGGGGGCACCUGGUCCAAAUGCUGACUGAGAGGGACGACCUGCAGCUCGUGAAUUCUACCCAGGAGAUUUUGGAAAGGGUGGAGGAUGCACACAGUAUCCUGGAGCCCCAGGACUCGGGGAAGUUGAAUUUUAACUCGAGUUGCGUUCAGAGUCCUCUGCUGCUGGGGAUGUGGGCGACUGCAGCUCUGGUGUGCAGAGCAGCCCCUGCGGACCUGACCUUCAACGGCAGGACAGUCAGCCCCCUGCUGGGCCUCUCGGAGGACGGACGCACGCUCCGCUUCCUUCCCAAGAGAGCUCGGCAGCCCUGCGAGUACAGCCCGGAGCGCUUCGACAAGUGGCCCAACGCGCUGGCAGGGCGCAGCUUCAGCAGCGGCACGCACAGCUGGCUCGUGGGGGUGCGGGGCAGCGGAGCCUUCAAGCUGGGGGUGAGCUCCGGACGCAUAGAGCGCAAGGGCCAGGGCAGCGAGGCGCGGCUGGGCUACAACCCGCACUCCUGGGUGCUCUCGCACUAUGAAGGGGAUUUCUCCUUCUCCCACGCGGGGCGCCACCACUCCCUCUCCCUGCUGCGCGGGCCCUCCACGAUCGGGGUGCUGCUGGACUGCCAGGCCGGGCAGCUGCUCUUCUUCGAUCCCGAGUCCUGCAGCGUCCUGUACUCGCACCACGCCAGCUUCACUGAGCCGCUCUACCCAGCCUUCGCAGUGGCAGACAGCAGCAUCACCCUGCUCAGCCACUAGAGGGCUCCAGAAACGGGUUCCGCGGGCCGGGUCUCUGUUAGUUCAUUUGAUCAUUGUAACUGUUUAUAGUUCUGAAUUGUUUGUAUUUGAUUUGAUUUUACUGGAGUGUGUGUUUGUUUGUUUGUUUGUUUGUUUGUUUGUGUGUUGUUUUUGCGAUGUGUUCCGGUACGGAAUGCAGUCCCUCUAUAAAUCCGUGUGAUUCCAUGCAUGCUUUUUAUCUGUUAUAUCACUGAUAUAAUUGUAUUUUUUAGUACAAAAUACUGUACACUGAUCAAACUGUAUGAGAGCGUGCGUGAGAGUGUGUGUGUGGUGUGUGUGUGUGUGUGUGUGUGGAGAUUACAUUAUCUCCCAUUAGUUUUUUAAAACAAAAUUGUGAGCAACUAACUAUAUGUGAACUAAUGGAAUGAAUUGUGACUCAACUUGAAAGAUGAUGUGCCAGAACCUAAAUCCAUUUUAUUAAAUUAACACAAAGUUUAAACAAA